AUGCGUGCCUUGCGUGGUGUUGUGCAGCAUGUGAAUCCCGUUCGAUAUCCACUUCCUCUGUUUCAACUUAGAGUGCAAACUACCAAUAGUGGUAAUAAUAAUAAUAAUAAGAAUGACAGCCCUGAAGGAGUACGCAGAGGUGAGAAUAAAUAUCCCACCACCUCAUCUCACAAAGUACCCAUCCUAGUACAUGGCGCUUUGGAGAAGGACGGCACACGCAAUAAUGUGCGCAAUGCACUUCACGAUGAAAACAGUAGCAGUGUUAGUAGUAGUAGUAGUGGUGGUAGUACUACUACAACUGCGAAACCGACAGAUGGACCGAUGGAGCCAGAUUAUGGACCUCUUCGUGCCACUGGUCUGUGGAAGGUGGAAGAAGUGGUGGAUACCCAAAAGUCAACGGUUGACUUUAGGCGCAUAGACGAAGUAGAGAGUGAGAUUAUUGAGACUUUGUCACAACCAGAGGAUGCUGUAGUGCCGUACGCUGAAGAAGAAGCCUGGAAGCAUAAGUUGAUGUUUCAACAUAAAUUUAACAAAACUCCGAAGCAUCUUACUUGGCGAGAACUCGGUGAAGAGAUUGAGUGUUUUGAUUGUACGAUUGACGUGGAUAAACAUCGUCCAGAAGAGAUUUUUACUAUCAGUUUCUAUUUUACGGAUAAAAAAACAGGUACAAGAGAUAUAUUAUGGUCUGCACGCAAUGAUGUUUCCUGCUCUGAGGGAUUUACAGAUCUAUUAGCAGCUAUAGGGGCAUGUCUGGGUCGUGCUAAUGUACACCGAACUAUAAGAUUUGAUGAUGCGGUAGGAACAACACGUGAUAUUUCUUUUCGUAAGGUAUCACGAUAUACUUCCGAUAUUACAAUUGCUUUUCGUCCUGCUGAGACUUAUAAUAAGUUUGCACGCAAGGCAGAGCAGGAUGAGUAUACAGAAAGUAUGAGCAAUGAAGGAAUGAGCACAUGGGGGUUUCACCCUGCAAUGAUGGAUCCAGAGUACAAUUCACUGGACUUUGAAGACCCUCCGGGAACGUACACCACCGUACUUUCUGCUCAUGCUUUCAGUUUUAUUUGUCUACGGGCUAUUACACGGUUAUUAGCACGUCCUUUGAAAGAGUUUUACCGCCCAUCACAGCUUAUGCGCACUGCAAAGGUUCGCACAGAUGACGAUAUUGGUCUCGCACAUGCUAUGAAAGGAUGGAUGGGUGUCGAAGAUCGUUUGUACCCACAUUAUACAACUAUUGAUGCUAUUCAAGAGAAUUGGCUAGGUAAAGAUGCACCCUUUACAUUAGUUGCUAUAGUAAAUAAACUGCGUGAAAUGACCUAUUUAAAACGACAAAACCCAGAGUUUCAGUCUUGGUUAUCUACUAGACAUCAUGAUACUCAUCUCGCGUUGCGGAAUAUUGGACUCAAGAUGCUUGGUGUUGGCGCAAGUACACUCUUUGUACCGGUAGCACAUAAUGCAACCGUAAACCGACUCCUUCCAAAAUCGCAACAGCGACGACUGGAGAGUCGUUUCUCGUUGAACGCCGUACUCGGCAUGCCGGAUGAGACGCGACGUAUUGAUGAGUUCAAGAAGUUGACAGGACACGAACGCAUCACAGAGCGAGGAGAGGACGAUGAUAAGAACAAGAAGUCACGAGUUGACAAGAAAGAGCAAUAA